AAGAAUCAAGAACAUUAUUUAGAUGAUACACCAGAGAUGAACUCUGAUCCAGGCUUAGUGACUGUGGUACUCUUAAUGCUUGGACAAACCUAUGGAGAUUCAGUGACCCAGAUGGAAGGCCAAAUGACGCUCUCAGAAGGGACUUCGCUGACUAUGAACUAUACUUCUUCAACCACAGGGUAUCCUACUCUUUUCCGGUAUGUUCAGUAUCCUGGAGAAGGUCCACAGCUCCUCCUGAGAGCCACGAAGGCCAACAAGAAGCAAAGCAACAAAGGUUUUGAAGCCACAUACAAUAAAGAAACCUCCUUGCACUUGGAGAAAGACUCCAUCCAAGAGUCAGACUCCGCUGUGUACUACUGUGCUCCAAAAGAUGCUAACACUGGUGGUGGAGGCUAUGGAAAGCUGACAUUUGGACAAGGAACCGUCUUGACUGUCCAUCCAAAUAUCAAGGACCCUAAACCUGCCGUGUACCAGCUGAAAAGCCCUAAAUCCAGCAACACCUCCGUCUGCCUAUUCACCGAUUUUGCUUCUCAAGCUGGUGUGCCACAAGUCACAGGGCCUGAAGUGUUCAGCUCGAACAGCACUGCGCUGGACAUGAGGGCCACGAAUUCCAAGAGCAACGGCGCCCUGGCCUGGAGCAGCAGAAUCGGCUUUCAGUGCAACGAGACCUUCAACGAGACGUUCUACUCCAGCUCAGGCGUUGCCUGUAAUGGUGAAUUGAUAGAGAAAAGCUUUGAAACAGAUAUACAGCUAAAUUCUCAAAACCUGUCAGUGAUUGUGUUCCGCAUCCUCCUCCUGAAAGUGCUUGGGUUUAACCUGCUCAUGACGCUGCGGCUAUGGUCCAGUUGAGGUCGCCAAGAACGUGAGAGCCCGGUGCUCCCUCGCUCCUUGCUCCUCACCGCCCCUCCUCUCCCUCCUCAAGCAGAGAGGUGCACCCUCUGCCCCCCUGGAAGGGAAAGCUCCCUCUGCCUCUCUGGCCCCACUGGCAAUGCCACCAACUGGAUCCUACAGGAUAUUUGUGAUCAAGACGCUGAAGAGCUGCCAAACACUGCUGCCACCCACUCUGUUCCCUUACUGCUGCUUGUCACUGCCUGACAUUCCCGGCAAAGGUGGGGGCUGCUGCAGCCUCUCCUGGCCGUGGAGAAACUCCUGCCCCUCCCUAGAGACUGCCUCUCUGUCCCACUGGAUGAUGGAUCCUCUGUGGGUUCUCUGGGGCUCUAGCUCCUAGAGGAUGUUGUGAGGAGUUUAUAUGUUUUUAAAUAGUGUUCAUAACAAAAUACAUAUCACCCUUGUUCCCAAGAUGCGGGGAAAAUUAUCUCAUUAUCUAGGCCGUGCUAUGCUGUGUAUCUGAGUCACGUUGUAUAUUCUGCUGCCCAUGGCUUCAUUAAAAGCGAUUUGGAAGAGCA